AUGGGCUGGCCGCGGAAAUCAGGCGUCGGCCAAUUGGAGGCGGGAGCGGGGUGCUGGUCUCGCUGGGGCAAUUCCGGCGACGAAUCGGCCACGGGCCAGGGCACCUCAGCUGGGAAGCUUCGGGGAGGGCAAGGAUCUCCCCAAUGCGUGCUGCGUGCAUCUGUUUGCGAUAAUUUUCUUCCCUUUUCUGCCGCCCACGGCGCAGAGCCGAUCGUUGGGAAACAAGUUGAAGCAUCCACCAUCAGCGUGAACGUGAACGUGAACAUGUCCGAGUCACAGCCUUUGCAGCAAAUGAUGGUGAACUUGAGGACACCGCCUCGAACUCUCAACAGCCGGGCAAAAUCACCACCCAUGGACCUCGAUGCCUCGGCCGACCCCAAGAAGAUGGAACACAGGCGGGGCCACUCGCAAGCCAGGCAGCCUCCUCUGCAGCCAAGAGACCUAGUCCGGGCUUGGGACUCCAGACCGGCCAGUACAUCUCGCUCGAGCCGGCCAUCGAGCACAGCUUCGUCACCACCUGGCCGAGAGCAACGGCUAUCCAGCGUGCUCGUGCCCAAGCCACCGUCAAUGCACCGUCAAACGGCCAGUAUCACAACCUCUUCCUCGAAUCGGUGGAGCAGUCGGUCUCAGCAGCGCGAGAGCUAUUCGUCUCGUCUUGCAUCCAUGAGGAGGGAUGUCGCCGAGAGCAUGGCCGACAGCCAGGGUCGUCUGUCCAUGGCCGCAAAUGACGUCCAGAAGCCCGACCGGAUGGCGCUUGGAGUUGCCCAGAAUCCCGAUGACGGCCUGGUCUCGGAGAUCUGCCACUCGAUUGUGAGAGACCGGUACAGCACCGACCCGGACAGCUCGACCAAAGCCUUGAGGAUAUGGAAUGCCGUAACUGCGUGCCUAGACGAGAUCAACGACUCCAUCGAGGGCACCUCAUCCGAGGACACGCUCGUGAAUGGCCGCCAUGCUCGGACGGCAACCCGCACGAGACACGCCCGACGGAUUAGCCAUGACCGAGACCCUUGGCGCGGGCGGUCAUCGGGAGAUGGCGACUUAUCCAACCCUGGUCAUGGAAAGGAGAUGGCCGAGGCUCCGGCGGCGGGGGAGAGAGUGCAGUAUCAAUGUCCGUUUAGGAAGCGGAACCCGGUCCGGUUCAACGUCCGUGAUCAUGAAAGCUGUGCCAGGACCCCGUUUCACUCAAUAUCUGGCUUGAGGGUGUUUCGGUGUCGGCGAUGCAGGUCGGAUUUUGAGAGCGAGGCCUCACUUGACAGCCACAUAAUGCAGCCCCGAGAGUACAUGUGCGAACUGCGGUCUGCACCAGGGAGCGAUGACCCGGAAGAUGGAGUCACCGAUGGCGUCUAUCAGGUGUUGGCUCGUGAGAAGGACGAGUUUGCGGGAUGGACAUGGGAUAAGCUAUGGCGCGCCAUCUUUCCUGGGAGCGAAGAGAUCCCCAACUCCGUCACCGAACUCGUCGAGUUCGAGCAAGAGAUGGCCAACGACCAAGAAUCGCUCAAAUCAGAAUUGCAGGAGAAACUGAGGCUCUUGCUCCCAAACAGCAUCGAAGAUGACUUCUGCCACUUCUUGGCGGGGCAGCUGGAGUUUGUGUUUGAGACGCACCAAGCAAACGUCACGAGGAAAUGUCUCAAUAAUGUAGACUCAACAAGAAGUGAGCAGUCGGCCGCGACCAGGACGCGGCCAAACUCUACACAACAAGAGGGCAUCCUGAAGCGGCAGUCUCGCAGGUCACGGCAAAGCACGCUCUUGCAAACCACUGUGAGCUCUGGCGGGCACAGGAGAACGCCGAGUGACAAGUCAGACGCUGCCAGAAGGCAGAGCAGACGGGGACCGCGAGACGACCAACCUACCCACCCUACCAAAACUGCCCGCCGACUGCCGUCGCUCUCCGGCAUGCUCCGCGGCGGCAGCCAGUCUCCACCAUUACGAUUAGCGGCAGCAUCAGGAGCAACGAGCUCCCCAGGCACCAUGUCAUCGUCGUCAAACACGGCCUUCGACAGCGACAACAACGACGUGAUGGACUGCAGCGCCGACGACUACGCCAACGGCCGCGACUCCCGCGACUCGGGCAUCGGCAUCCCGUGCGACGUGUGCGAGAUGGAGUCGUGCCGCUGCCGCGAGAUGAUCCUGUCUUAUGCUGCCGAGGAUAAGGCUGACGGCCGCAAGCCUCGUGGCCACACCCAGGUCCUUCAGGCAUCCUCACCACCGCCACCACCAACAGCAAAUGCGAGCCAAAAGACGAAAGAACCAGCAUCAACGUUCUCCCUCAGACGCCAAACCAACCUGCGCAUCAAAACCGGCGGCAUCGGGUUCCGCGCAGCAACCCUGACGGACGGCGACGCGGACGGCAAAGUCUUUAGCCCAGGCGGCGGCGGCGGCGCCUUCUCCCCGCAGUCGUUCAAGCAGCGGCUGCUAAGGAAGCAGCACACACCAUCCUUCUACGGUGCCGCACAUAUGAGCAGCUGGACGGCCUAA